AUGCCAGGAAGUCGGAGGACAGAGUCCAUGUUAUGGACUCAAGAAAAUGCAGAGUUUGUGGUGAGGGAGAGUGGUCUCUCGGCGAGGUGGAUUGCGUGUGAUGGCGAGGUUGUGAUUGCCAUUUACCUUGGAUUUAAAGCAAAAAGAAGGCUGCAGUGGUUCUACCCAGCUUUUGCAGUGAAAAACAAGUGGGUCAGGGCUAUGUGGAAGGAAGAUAGAAAAGAACUCGAGUUUGCGAUACCUAGGGUUUGGAUUGAAGAUGGGCGUGUCAGAUGGCCAAAUACAUUGAAUGCAGCUUCUGCUCUGAAGGAACAGAGAAGACCUACUGAGGAAUCUUCAUUUGCAGUGUACCGUUCACGAAACUUUAUCUCAAAGAAGCAGGAGGCAGUCCUGAAGUCCAAGUCCAAGCUUCAAGAACAGAAGCAAAAGAGAGUUUUAUGUGAGAGAAAGAAGGAGAAAGCAAAGAGGAGAAAGCAAGCAUUAGACCACCUAGCCAGUAGGGGGUGGGAAAAUGAAAUGAGGAGGGCACAGGUGAGAAACGUUCUUAAGGUGGAAUUUACCUCCAGCGAUGAAGAAUGCGAUGGUGGAUUCAUCACCCAUCCAAUUUCCUGGCAAUGUGAUAAACUGACAAAAGUAAAAUCCCACCUUGACAAAACAUUCUUAGAAAUCUGCUCUGUUAAAAGUAAAAGAAUGCUACAGUCUAGGAGCGUUGGGGCAGCAAACAUCAAGCCAACUCCUACAUUCCCUGAGGUGUUUCCCUGGAUGGUGAAAAAAGAUAAGUUUGAUUUAUUAGAGGUAUAA